UAUUAUUAUUAUCAUUAUUAUUACCUUUCUCAGUCGGAGUAUCACUACACAACCACUUCUUCUGCUAUUUAUUGCUCACCACAUUUCAGAUUACAUGAUUUAACUUUUCACUCUGUGUGUACAUAUCAUCUGCAAGUGUUGUUUGUGUGUCCCUGAGAAGUCUCUCUAUCUAUCCGUCUAUCUAUCUAUUACAUAAUCAACAACAUAUUAUGAUGAUUUGUAUAUAUUAACUUGUUUAUUACGCAAUACACAAACAAAUUCAACAUUAAAUGAGGAGUGUUCACUAAUUGACUCAGGAAGAAAAAAUAAAACCGCCCACGAAUUCUCUUUCCCAAAAUAUUUCAACGGAUUAUCCCUACUAUUACACUAUAAUAUCAUCAAUUACUAUAAUUAUUACUAAUAUUAUUAUUACUACCAUUUGAAAUAUUCAAAAGAGGGGACGAAAAAGGAUUAUACGUUCUACGCAUCAAAUUUUAGUAUUGUUAUUUGUCAAAUUAAAUGGGUUCAGUCAACAGUCACACUGCUAAUUCAUCAACUGUUGGACAGUCGAUAGCAACAACAACAACAGCAACAAAACAGAUGAGCGUACCAGCUGGUGAUUCAAUGAAAUUAGACAAUUCACAUGGAAGAACAAAUGAAUCACUGUAUACAAAUUUUUGGCAACGUUUAUUUAGAAGAACAAAAAGCUUAGACUCUGAUGCUAUACUCACUCCUGAGACAGAGAAACCAAAUUCACCGUCAAAUAAAUUUCAUGUACAACCUUAUAACUUGGAGAAUAAUGCAUCUGAACAACACACCACCCCUGUGACGAUAAUCAGACCACCGACGAUGACAAAAACAGCGGUAACACCAAACCUAACCCCACCUAAUAGCACUACUAACACUACUACUACAACACCUAGACCCCUAUCAAUGGAUUCAAGUGAUCUCAAAGCUAAUCCCUAUCGAUUUGAACGUAAACAUGCUCCAGAUUAUGGACAUCAUCAAUUUCAAAUCACUUCUUUGUCGAAUAGAAAACAACGACUUAUACGAAGUCAUCAUAGUCAAUAUCAACAAAAUAAUAAUCAUAAUAGUACUAUUGGGAAUCGGAAUUCUUCCCCACCUGCUAUCAUCCAUCCAAUACGAGAAAAUAGUGUCGAUGGUUGUGGUGGUAGCGGUGGUUAUUCAUUCGGCAGGAGGAGAACUUUGUCAAAAAUAGACAUACGUAACUGCAAUUUAUCAAAACGUGAAUCAAAAAGUCAAAAUUAUCUUCAUUUAACAGAUUCACCAAAAAUGCGGUAUAUAAGAGUAAUGCAUGCAUUUGCCAGUGUACCUGAUUUGACAAAGAAACCAAGGAGAAGUGCGCUGAAAGGUAGUCGAAACAACAGUGUAAAUCGUUUAGUUAGUGAAUGUGAACCGGUUGCAGCUUCACCAAUCCCAAUGAAUUCAGACUCUUUCUCAUUGACACCGCCAACACCAGUUGAAAUCCAUCAUUUAUUACAUUUUCAUAAUAAUCACAGUCAACAUUCCACAGAUAUCUCAACUACUCGAAACAAUAUUAAACCUGUCAUUAAAAUGGAUUCAAUGAAAUCUUCGAAUGAUUCUGAUUGGUCAACUGGCAAAUAUGAAUCAACCAAUGAGAAUGUCAAGUUAAAUAACGAUGUAAAAAUUGCUUAUAGUAAAUAUUCACCGGAACCCAAACGUACGCAUGAAAGUAGUCGAAGACAUUUUAACUUUACAAGUGAUUUAUACAAUGAAGAUAGUAAUAAUAAUAAUAAUAAUAAUAGCAAUAAUAAUAAUGGAUUUGUACAGACUAUACACUAUUUACAAGACCUAGACGAAGUCUCUGUUAGUCGUAUGGAAGAAUCGAUCGAUGAAGUCGAAGCAUCCUACAACUAUGAUGGUGAUGUCAAUAAAAUUGAUUCUGAGGAUGACGUGAAAGUGAAACAGGAGGUGACAACUGCAACAGCGGCAGCAGCAGACAGUUCUGAUAGUGAUCAAAAUACUGAGGAGAAAACAAUUGAACAACAAAUACCAAGAUUUCAUUCUAAGUUACUUCGACGUGAUAGUAUUGAACACUAUCUUGGUGUUAACAAAGUGUCGUCUAAUGCAGUCAAUAAACACAAUCCUCAAUCAUUAGACGAAAAUAAACACACCCCGAUCGAUAAAAUCAAUAAUAAUAGUAGUAAUAAUCAUGAUUUAGUCAAUAAAUUAGACGCAGUACAUGAAAUGAAUUUUGUUGGCAAAGAAUCUGUACAACAGAGCAUAGAAGAGGACAGAAUCAACGACAGUGAUAAAGAAUCCGUUGUCAAAGAGAAUGACACUGAGGUCGAUGAUCCUGAUGAAGAAUACGACGAUAAAAGUAGUGUCAAUUCAGUAUCUGAAUCCUUUCGAGAUGAUGAUUAUUCACCGAAACCUUUAUUGACUGAAGUACUUUCUCCAGCAUUAUGCGCUGCUGGUUAUGGUCCAGUUGGUCACCUGCUGACAAGAUGGUUACCACAAAGAAAUUUCUGUGAAUUACUUAUUGGAACUAAUGAAAGUUUAGAUACAUCAGAAGACUCAAAAUGGUGUCGAAGAAAAGAAUUGCUGAAGGAAUUAGCAAGAACUUCGUCUAUGUAUACAGAAGAUAUGACACACGAGAUGUUUAUGUUACGGUUUUCUGAAUUCGUUGAAGUACAAGAGUUGGAACCAUGCGAUCGAAGUGCUGAUAAACCGUGGAUUCGAUUAACACCAAAAGAUAAAGCACUUAUACGUAGAGAACUGAAUGAUUACAAAAUGGCUGAAAUGGAUGUCCAUCAAGACAGUCGUCAAUUCACAAGAUUUCAUCCUCCAUAAAAUAUUUACGCACAGAUAUCGUGGAGUAAUAGUCGUAGUAUUAGUAGUAGGCUGACUGAAGUACCAAAUUACAAGCAAAAACGCACACAUAAACCAUUUCAAUACCUGUCUACUUCUUCUUGUCUACUCUCCAUCCCGUAUGUAUGACUCAUUCAAGUCUGCAAGAGAGAGAGAGAGAGGAAAACACCAACACCACCAACAACAACCACUGCCGAAUAAACUAUGUAAUUUAUUAUUUAUCUUUCUGUGUUAUAAUAUGUAAACUACAACUGUUUGAGUGAAUGUAUGAACUUAGCGAAUGAAUCUGUGCAAUAUAUAAUACACAUAUACACAAAUAAAUAUAUAAACAAAACCCAGUGAAACAACAACCAACCAACCAAUCAAUCAAUCAAUCAAUCGGAGGUAGAGUGGAGGCGGGGGCUGGGAGGAGAUUCCUAGCCCUGCAGCUUGUCUGUGAUAAGCUACACGCACGCACGCACACACACACACGUCUAACUCCAGUCAUUUUUUUUCGUUUCUUUUUUUUGUCUCUUUCUGAAUUUCGAGAUACUACUUGCUACUUUCUCUUUCAGCUUUUACAUACACAAACAUACAUUCCCCUCUGUGUAAUGUACAUAAAUUUGAAUAUAUAUACAUAUAUAAAUAUUUAUUUAACUGGUCUUGAGGUUAUUAUUGAUCACACUCAUGGUGAAAACAUGACGACUUCCCGGGAUCUGUGAGACUAGUACUAUAUAUCAC